GCGGAUCCCGAGGAUUCAGUGCGUGAGAUAGGAGGGCUGCUAAGCCAGCGGGGCGGGUUGGAGGCUUUUCGUGCCCCCUCCGCGGAGCAUGGCUUGGCUGCCUUGGUUGCUGUGGAUUUGGGCUCUGGUAACCGCACUCGCCGUUUGGGGUCGCCGGGCCUUGAGUUACGCCUUUCACCGCUGCGGGAACAGCCAGCAUUCCCCGCUGAUGCCCAUGGCUGUGGCAGGUCCCCUGCUGCUCCGCAUUGGGUAUAAUCUGUAUGCCCACACCCGGCUGGGCUACCUGUUAUAUAAACGGCAGGUAAAGAAGGCACGGCAGCGUUAUCCCCAAGGACACUCAGUUCCCCAGCCUGUGGAGUUCAAUGGUUUGAAGAUCCUGCCUAUCCCUGUCCUGUCUGAUAAUUACAGCUAUCUUGUGGUUGACACUGGCUCCAACAGUGCUGUUGUUGUGGACCCUUCUGAUCCUUUGGCUGUACAGAGAGUGAUUCAGGAAGAGAAAGUGACACUGGAAGCUAUCCUGUGUACUCAUAAACAUUGGGAUCACAGUGGAGGGAACACAACCCUGCGGCGAUGGUAUGGUUCCUGCCGAGUCUUUGGAAGCAGCUUUGAUGACAUUCCCGAGCUGACAGAUCCUGUCAUGGACAAGGAGACUAUAGUGAUUGGGCGCCUGAACUUCAAGGCCCUCUUUACUCCAGGUCACACUCUAGGGCACAUGGUCUAUGUCUUGGAUGGGAAACCGUUUGAAGGUCCUAGCUCUCUCUUCUCGGGAGACCUCCUCUUCCUCUCUGGCUGUGGUCGGAUCUUUGAAGGCACACCAGAAACAAUGCUGGCUUCAUUAGACAUAGCAGCUAACUUGGCUGAAGAUACCCUGCUUUGGCCAGGGCAUGAGUAUGCACAUGAAUGCCUAAUGUUUGCAAGCCUUCUGGAGGCAGAAAACCCCAUUCUAAAACAGAAGCUCCAGUGGGUGAACCAACAGCGGCUUGAAAAGAGAAGCACAUGUCCUUCCACCAUUGGUGAAGAAAAGCAGUAUAAUCCUUUCUUACGGACUCACUGCCAGGAGAUUCAGGAAUCCAUGGGCCUCCAGCGCCAAAGGGAUGAGGAUUGGGACACCUUCCGGGCCCGGGUACUGAAGGAAGUGCGGCUACGAAAGGAUGUCUACAAAGCAAACCUUUAAGUGGAGAGUUCAGUCCAGUGUAGGGGCUGAAUCAGACUUCUGUGAGGAGCAGU